AUGCAGCCGCCACCGCCUUCGCUGUGGGAGCAGGACCAGACAGGCCCGCCCCCCCCUACCUCCCCCUCCUCCCCCGUCUGCUACACCCACGGAGUGAGUGUGUCCUCAGUGAGUGUGUCCUCAGUGAGUGUGUCCUCAGUGAGUGUGUCCUCAGUGAGUGUGUCCUCAGUGAGUGUGUCCUCAGUGAGUGUGUCCUCAGUGAGUGUGUCCUCAGUGAAUAAAACGUCACUGUUUGGUCCUGAAGACGACAAAGACCUGGGCUCUGUCUGA